AAGCGCUGCAGGCCGUCCGCUUUGGGGAGAGGGGAGCGGUUUCUUCUCUCCUUUGGCCAAACGUUUGUUGUUGAUCUUAAAGGCUUUUGUGAUAAACAAAGACGAGACUCGGACAGAUCCAAGUUUUUAUUCUUGAUUUUCAGGUGAAGGUUUGUAGUUUUUUUGUCAUCAGUGCAACCAACGGAUUUAUUCUCUCUAAAGCCAAAGUUCAAGUUUGAGUUGUAGCCCUUCCGUGACAACUUUGGUGAAAAGCGAACACGAUUGCCGAAGAGCAGCAUGGGUGACAACAUACCUGGAGGAAUAGUAGCUGCUGCAAAGAACCGUCUGCAGGUGGUGAAGGGCUUGGAGGACGUGGAGGUGUGUGAGUGUGAGAGCUGCUCCUUUGAAGUGACCCUCAACUUGGCCUACAUCGAGGGUCUGUGGACCAGAGAUGGGUCGCCGCUUAAGUCCAAGCCCACAUGUCGCAUCAGCACGCAUGGAAAGAAACACUCCCUCCUUCUGAACAGGGUGGCUUUGGGAGACGCAGGACUGUUCUCUUUUCAGGCCAAUGGUGUUCAGACCUCGGGCCGACUCAUUGUUACAGCUAGGGACAUCUACAUAGCGAAAGAACUGGAAGAUGUUGACACCAUGGAGCGUCAACCUGUGAACUUUCUGUGUGAGGUCAACCUGCCGGAUUUGGAGGGUCGGUGGUACAGAGAUGACAGCCGAAUUCGACCUGGAGACAAUAUCAAGAUCAGACAACAGGGUAAAACUCACACCUUGUUCUUCAGGUCAGUCAGGCCUGAGCAUGCUGGAGAGAUCAGAUUCACUGCAGAGCGUGUCUCAUCCUACGCGACUCUCACAGUGAAAGAGCUCCCAGUCCAAAUAUUGCGUCCUCUAAGGGUGAAAAUUGCUAUGUAUCGCCACCGGGGUCUGCUGGAGUGCCAGGUGUCACGGCCUAAUGCUCAGGUCAGGUGGUACAAGAACAGGAAAGAGCUCCAGCCCUCUAAGAAGUACCAACUCAUCAGCCAAGAUGUCUACAGGCAGCUGACUAUCGAUGACAUCUGCUCCUCAGAUGAGGACACGUACACCUGUGAUGCAGGAGAUGACAAUACCUCUUGUCAGCUUCUGGUGGAGGAGCAGGCUAUCAGAAUAGUGCGAGGGAUGAGCUCAGUGGUGGUGAUGGAGCCGGAGCCGGCGCUGUUCCAGGUGGAGACCAGCCUGAAAUCGGGGAGGCCUCCCCGGUGGAGCCUGAACGGUGAGGUGCUGGAGCCUUGUGCAGCAGUGAACAUCAACAGGGAGGGAAACCUCCACAGCCUCUGCCUCACCACCACAGACAGCUCAAUGUCUGGGCCCAUGGUCUUUGUUGCUGGCAAGAGUCGCUCCACUGCUCAGCUUACUGUCACGGAGCGACCACUUCAGGUUGCCCGCCACUUGGACGAUGUACAGGCGAAGGAGAACAGCUCUGUGAGCCUGAGCUGUGCGUUCGCCCCCUCACCCAGGGUGGUGCGGUGGUUUAAAGGUCGUACGACCCUGAAGACCUCCAAUAAGUACAGCAUGAAAAGGGAAGGGAAGCGAGCCCAGCUGACCAUUCAUGGCUUGACAGGGAUGGAUGCAGGGCAGUACCGCUGCAUGGCCGGCGGGUCACAGAGCACAGCGCACGUCAAGGUAGAAGUCAGGACGCUGAAAAUGGUCAAACACCUUGAGCCAAAGGAGGUUGAGGAGGAUGGCCUUGCCACAUUUUCAUGUGAGCUCAACUAUGUGGUCGCCAACGUGGAGUGGCUACUUAACAGUGUUCGCCUCUACUGCAACGCAAUCUACAGGAUCCAGCACAUGGGAACGAUGCACAGUCUCACAAUCAAGAAGCUGAGGCCACAGGAGAGCAGGAUCACCUUCAAAACAGGACCCCUCUCUGAGACAACCACUUUAAAUGUCAAAGAGCGGCCAGCAGUGUUCCUCAGGUCUCUCGAGGAUGCAGUAGGAGAAGAGCAAGGAGAUGUCUGCCUGCAGUGUGAAAUUUCCAAAGAGACGGUGACUCCUGUUUGGAGGAAGGAUGGUAUGGUCCUGACCGCUGAUGAUAAACACGAGUUCCUCCAGUAUGGGAAUUCCAGGGCACUGAUCGUCCAUUGCCUGUGCAAGGACGACGCUGGACAGUACACCUGUGACCUGGGCACCAGUCAAACAAAGGCCAAAGUUACUGUACAUGAUUUACACAUAACUAUUUUGCAACGUAUAAAGACAAUAUCUGUUCUGGAAGGCGAGAGCUGCACUUUUGAUUGUCACCUCUCUCAUGACGUUGAUGAUGAGCCUUCCUGGAUCAUCAAUGGCCAGGUGGUGGUCCCUAAUAGCCGAAUUCAGGUUAUCAACAAUGGCCGUAAUUAUAAGAUGACCAUCAGCAAUGCUGCCCUGACUGACGCUGGAGACGUGGUCUUCACAAUUAAAGACCUAAGCUGUAGGACCAUGCUCUUUGUUAAAGAGAAGCCAGUGCAUAUCUUCAGGGAGCUAUUGAAUGUCAAGGCAGUUCCAGGCGAGGAUGCAGAACUGAGCUGUGAGAUCACCAAACCGGAAGUCGGCAUCCGUUGGCUUAAAAAUGGCCACUUGAUCAAACAGAGCCACAGGUAUGAGAUGAGUGUGGAAAAGAACCUGGCGCGACUGGUCAUCAAGAAUAGCACCAUCAGAGACUCUGGAGAGUACUGCUGUGAGGCCGAUGGCAUUGCUUCCCGUGCCAAGCUGGAUAUCAGAGAACUCCAGCACACUUUUGCAAUGGAGUUAAGGGACAUGCGAGCUGAAGAAAAGGGUAAAGUGACCCUACAGUGUGAGACCAGGCGGCCCGCCAAGCGGGUGACUUGGCUGAAGGGCAUGGUGGAGCUGAGGUCUGGUAGGAAGUAUGUCAUCAGGCAGAAGGAUGUGGUGCUGUCCCUCACCAUCACCUGCCUGGACAAAUCAGACGCAGAUGUUUACACGUGUGACGUUGGUACCAUGCAGAGCCGGGCCCAGCUCACUGUGCAGGGUGAGAAGGUUUUAAUCCUGGAUGAAUUGGAGGAUGUUGAGUGUCUAGAAGGCGAUACGGUCACAUUCAGGUGUCGAAUUUGUCCCGGUGACUACAUCGGGGUCAAGUGGUAUCUGGACGAGACUCUGCUGUACACCAACGAGGUCAAUGAGAUCCAGAUGGUGCACGGAGGCUACCACACCCUCACUUUUAGACAGCUGGCUCGCAAAGACACCGGCACCAUCUCUUUUGCAGCCGGGGACAAAAGGUCAUAUGCGUCGCUGUUGGUUAGAGAGAGACGACCCACCAUCGUUAAAGCCCUGGAAGACUGUGAGGCUUUUGAAGGAGGUGGAUUGGUUUUGUCUUGCAUGGCCUCCAAGCCAUGUCACAUCCUGUGGUACAAAGAUGGCUGCCUGAUGUGGAACUCCUCAAGAUAUUUUGCCAGUCGCUCCGGCUGUGAGGCCCGGCUGACAAUUCGGGAGGUCUGUAACCACGAUGCCGGAGUGUACGAGUGCAGUGCUGGAUCUGUUACAACUAGGGCCGUUGUAACCGUCAAAGCCAUCCCUGCAGAGUUCACCCAGUCUUUAAAGUCUGUGGAGGCCAAAGAGGGUGAGACUGUGACCCUGACCUGUGAAUACUCCCUGCCUGGGGUGCAGACCCACUGGAGGAGAGGUUUGGAAAGUAUCCGGUCUGGAGACAAGUACUUGAUGAAACAGAGAAAGACAAUCAAUUCUCUGACCAUUAAAGCCCUGAAGCCUGAGGACUCGGGAGAAUAUACAUGUCAGUGUAGAGAUCACCGCACCACAGCAAGCCUGAAAGUACACGCUAUUCCCAUUACAUUCGUACAGCAGUUAAAGAAUAUGCAGGCAGAGGAGGGAAGCAAUGUCCUACUGCGCUGUGAGCUGUCUAAACCUGGAAUUCCAGUGGAUUGGAGCAAGGGACAAGAGCUGUUAAAGAAUGGAGUUAAAUACCAGCUAAAGAGAAGGGAGACCACCCUGGAGCUUCUGAUCUGGAAGCCUGUUCCUGAGGACAGUGGGGUCUACUGCUGCCAGUGUACUGAUCAGGUGACAUCCGCCACUGUCACAAUCACUGCUAUCCCCGUGGCCUUCAAGCAGAAGCUGAGGAAUGUGGUGAUUGAGGAGGGCAACACUGCAAUCCUACGCUGUGAGCUGUCAAAGUCCGGUCACGCCGUGGAGUGGAGGAGGAGCGGGAACGAGCUCAUCAAGAGUGGAGAGAAAUAUCAUAUGAGACAAAGAGAGGUUCUGAUUGAACUGAGGAUAUUUGAUGUCAAAGCUGAGGACAGCGACAUCUACACAUGCAUCUGUGGAAGCAUAGAGACCACUGCAACGCUGACUGUUAAUGCUCUUCCAGUCACCUUCAAACAAAAACUGAAGAACGUCCAGGUGGAGGAAGGACACAGUAUCACGCUGGAUUGCGAGAUCUCCAAAGCGGGUGUCCCAGUGGAGUGGAAGCUCGGAGGAGAUCUGCUGGAGAAUGGAGAUAAAUACCAGAUUAAGCAGAGGGGCUCGACACUGGAGUUGAUCAUCAGAGACGCUGAACCAGAGGACAGCGGGGUCUACACUUGUGUGUGCAGGGAGCAGAGGACAAAGGCCACAGUGAAAGUUGUCGCUGUCCCCGCAACAUUCACGACAAGUCUGAAGAGCCAGGAGGCCGAAGAAGGGAACAGUGUGACUUUGCGCUGUGAGCUGUCAAAGAAGGGCGUCCCGGUGCAGUGGCAGAGAGACACUCUGGAGAUAUCUGAGCAGACAUGUCGGGGGAAGUAUCGGAUGAAGCUCGAGGGAAAGUCAGCUCAGAUGACAAUUCUCACCGUCCAGUCAGAAGACGCGGGGAAGUACAGCUGCAUCACAGGAGACCAGAAAACCACGGCUGAAGUCAGAGUGAAACCCCUCCCGGUCACAUUCAAACAAGAGAUCCAGUGCCUGUUGGUGACAGAAGGGGAUAGUGGAGUUUUCUGCUGUGAGCUCUCCAAAGCCGGAGCUCCAGUGGAGUGGAGGAAAGGCAGAGCGAUGCUGAAGCCCGGAGGCAAAUAUGAGAUGAAGCAGGAGGGACGUUUCACCAAACUGGUCGUCAACAACGUAGAGGAGAGCGAUGCAGGAAAAUAUAUCUGCAAGACUAAAGACAGCCAAUCGUCUGCUGAGCUCACUGUCCAAGAAUCACCAGAGCGCAAACGCCAAAGAGAUUUACCACCGAGUUUUAAGAUGCCACUGGUCAACCAGGAGGUGACGGAGGGCAACAGCAUGGUUCUGCGCUGUGAGCUCACCAAACCUGCUCCUUCGGUGGAGUGGAGGAGAGGAGGAGAGCUGCUGAAGAAUGGAGACAAAUACCAGAUGAGGAAGAAGGACCUGCAGGUGGAAAUGAAGAUUGUGGACCUCAGUCUGGAUGACGCUGGAGAUUACACCUGUGCAUGUGGGGAAAAAAGUACAAAAGCUAGAAUCGCGGUGAAUGAGCGGCCCAUGAAAUUCCUCGUAGAACUGAGGAACAUUCAGGUGCAGGAAGGCAAUGGAGUGACCCUGUCCUGUGAGCUCUCCAGGCCCGGCGCUCCAGUGCAGUGGAGGAAGGGAGACAGUGCGUUGACCAACGGAGAGAAAUACCAGAUGAAGCAGAGUGGCUCCACCUUGGAGCUCCACUUGAGGAAAAGCCAGCCCGAGGACAGUGGCACGUACAGCUGUGUUUGUGAUGACAUAAAAACCACAGCCACCGUCAUCAUCACUGCGAUCCCGGUGACUUUCAAGCAGAAGCUGAAGAACCAGGAAGGCGUUGAGGAGGGCAGCGUGACACUGCGCUGUGAGCUUUCUAAACCUGGAGUCCCAGUCGAGUGGAGGAAAGAUGCUCAACUUCUGAAGGAAGGAGGCAAAUAUCAGAUGAAACAGGAGGGCAGGACGGCUGAGUUGUUGAUCACAAACUUGACUCUCACAGAUUUGGGGGAAUACAGCUGUUUUGUUGGCUCCGCUGUGACUUCAGCUGACAUCAAAGUGAGAGCAAUUCCUGUAACAUUUAAACAAGAGGUGGAGAAUUUGGAGGUGAAGGAGGGGGACAGCGGGGUUUUCUGCUGUGAGCUCUCUAAACCCGGAGCUCCAGUGGACUGGAGGAAAGGGAGAGUUGUCCUCAAACCCGGAUACAAAUAUGAGAUGGUACAGGAGGGACGUCUCACCAAACUGGUCAUCAACAACGCGGAGGAGAGCGAUGCAGGGAAAUACACCUGCAAGACUAAAGACACCGCAUCGACUGCUGAGCUCACAGUCAAAGCUCCUCCCAUCACAUUCAAGACAAAGUUAAGGAACCAGCAGGUGGAGGAGGAGAACGGCGUGACGAUGACCUGUGAGCUGUCGAAGCCCGGCCUCGCUGCGGAGUGGAGGAAAGGACAAGAGCUGCUGAAGAGUAAUUUUAAGUACCAGAUAAAAAAUCGAAACAGCAGCAUGGAACUGACCAUCAAAAACGCACAGCUGGAAGACAGCGGUCUUUACAGCUGUGUCUACGGUGACGUCAAAACCACAGCCAACAUCACCGUAACGCCUAUCCCCCUCACCUUUAAGCUGGGUCUGAAGAACCAGGAGGCCCCCGAAGGAGGCAACGUGUCCCUCCGCUGUGAGCUGUCCAGGGCCGGAGUGCCCGUGCAGUGGUGGAAGGCGGAGGACCAGCUCCACCAUGGGGGAAGGUAUCAGAUGACACUGAAGGGGAAGACUGCUGAGAUGCACAUCAAGAACGUCCAGCCUGAGGAUGUCGGCGAGUACAGCUGUGUCUUGGGAGAGCAGAAGACAACGGCUGAAGUCAACGUGAGAGCGGCGGCGUCAGUGUUCUUCGUAAAGGAACUGGAGAGCCAAGCGGUGAUGGAGGGGAAAUCUGUGCAGCUGUCUUGUGAGGUUUCCAGCGCUACUGUCCCUGUCACUUGGAAGAAGGACAACACUGCGGUGGAGGAAGGGGGAAAAUACAUUAUAAAGAAGAAAGGCCCGACACACACACUAGAGAUUAAGAAAUUGUAUCUGGAGGAUGCUGGAGAGUACUGCUGCAUCACCAGAGGCAAGAAGACCACUGCCAAGCUCAUCGUGAGGGAGCGCGUGCGGAUCGUCACAGAGCUGCAAGGCAUAACGGUCACGGCGGGAGAGGACGCGGUGUUUGUGUGCGAGCUGAGCCACGCGGACGUGAGCGACGGUGUCUGGUGGCUCGGGUCCAACCCGCUGCAGAAGAACGAGAUGAACCAGAUGACGUGGACGGGGCGCCAGCACCGACUGGUCCUCACCAUGACGACACCUGAAGAAACGGGAAUUGUGGCGUUUGUGGUUGGAGAGGAGAGGACCUCUGCACGUCUGCUGGUUGUUCCUAAGGCUAAAGUUUUAUUUGAGGAGAAGCCUAAAGACGUUGUGAUAAUGGAAGGAGAGACAGCAGCCUUGUCCUGCACAAUCUCGGAUUUCACCUCGCCGGUUGUGUGGAGACGCAACCACAUCCCCCUCCAAAACGGUGAUAAAUAUGAGAUACGCAAAGAGGGAAAGGUCAACCUAUUGCGUAUCCAUGACGCGGAUCCCCUGGAUACUGGGACGUACUCCUGUGAUACAGGAGAUGUGCAGAGUAGUGCCAAACUUACUGUCACAGAGCUCCCACCAUUCUUUCAGGAAGAGCUGCAAAGUGUGGAGGUCGAGGAGGGAAGUUCAGCCUCUCUGUACUGUGAGCUGUCUAAACUUGGAGUACCGAUUCAAUGGACAAAGAACCGGGUGCCAGUACGAUCUGUUAAAAGUACGAUAUCAGGCAGGACUGCAUGCCUCCUCCAGCUGAACAUCAAGGAGCUCAAACUUGAGGACAGUGGAGAUUACACGUGUCAAGCUGGAAGUGCAGAGAUCAGUGCUACUGUGUCAGUUAAAGAGCUCCCACCAUUCUUCAAGAAAGAAUUAAAAAGUGUGGAGGCUGAAGAGGGAGGUGCAGCCUCACUCUUCUGUGAGCUGUCUAAAGCCGGAGUGUUAGUACAAUGGAAGAAGAACAGGCUGCCGCUGAGAGCCAGGGGGAAGUACGAGAUGAAGCAGGACGGCUGCCUCCUGCAGCUCCUCAUCAAAGACCUCAAACCCGAAGACAGAGGCAGCUACACAUGUCAAACAGGAAGUGCAGAAACUACUGCUACUGUGUCAGUUAAAGAGCUGCCAGCAUUUUUCCAGGAAGAAUUGCAGAACGUGAAUGCUAAAGAAGGAGGUACAGCGUCGCUGCGUUGUGAGCUGUCUAAGCCUGGCCUAGCGGUACAAUGGAAAAAGAACAAGCUUCCACUGAGAGCCGGCAGGAAGUACGAGAUGAAGCAGGACGGCUGCCUCCUUCGGCUCCGCAUCAACGACCUCACACCUGAAGACAGUGGGAGCUAUUCAUGUCAAGCAGAACAUGCACAAACCACUGCUAAUGUUUCUGUAAAAGAACUACCACCGUUCUUCAAAGAAGCAUUGCAGGACAUGACGGUAGAGGAGGGAGGUGUAGCAUCCCUGUGCUGCGAGCUGUCCAAACCUUGUGUAUCUGUACAAUGGAAGAAGAACAUGCUGCCAUUGAGAGCCAGGGGGAAGUAUGAGACAAAGCAGGACGGCUGCCUCCUGCAGCUCUGCAUCAAAGAUCUCAAACCCGAGGACAGCGGCAGCUACACAUGUCAAGCAGAAAGUGCUGAGACCACUGCUACCGUGUCAGUAAAAGAACACCCACUGUUUUUCAAAGAGGAAUUGCACAACCUGACGGCAGAGGAGGGAGGUGUAGCCUCCCUCUGCUGCGAGCUGUCCAAACCCUGUGUAUCUGUACAAUGGAAGAAGAACAUGCUGCCAUUGAGAGGCAGGAGGAAGUAUGACAUGGAGCAGGACGGCUGCCUCCUGCAGCUGCACAUCAGGGAUCUCAAACCCGAGGACAGCGGCAGCUACACGUGUCAGGCAGAGAGUGCUGAGACCACUGCUGCCGUGUCAGUAAAAGAGCUCAUUCCAUUCUUUAAGAAAGACUUGGUGAGUGUGGAGGCUGAGGAGGGAGGUACAGCUUUUCUGUGCUGUGAGCUGUCUAAGCCGGGAGUGUCAGUGCAAUGGAGGAAGAACAAGCUGCCCCUGAGAGCCCACAGGAAGUAUGAGAUGAAACAAGAUGGCUGCCUCCUCGAGCUGCACAUCAAGGGUCUCAAAGCCGAGGACGGUGGCAGCUACUCAUGUCAAGCAGAGACUGCAGAGACCACAGCGACUGUAACAGUAAAAGAACUUGUACCAUUCUUCAACAAAGAAUUACAAAGUGUGGAGGCUGAGGAAGGGGGCACAAUCUCUCUGUGCUGCCAGCUGUCCAAAGCUGGAGUGUCAGUGCAAUGGAAGAAGAACAAGCUGCCGCUGAGAGCAAACAGAAAGUAUGAGAUGAAACAGGACGGCUGCCUUCUCCAGCUGCACAUCAACGAUCUCAAACCGGACGACAGCAGCAGCUACACAUGUCAAGCAGACGGAGCUGAGACAACUGCUACUUUAUCAGUAAAAGAGCUCCCACCAUUAUUCAAGAAGAACUUACUCAGUGUAAAGGCUGAGGAGGGCGGUACAGCUUCUCUAUGCUGUGAGCUGUCUAAGCCCGCGGUGUCAGUGCAAUGGAAGAAGGACAAUCUGCCACUGAGAGCAAACAGGAAGUAUGAGAUGAAGCAAGAUGGCUGCCUCCUCCAGCUCCACAUCAAGGAUCUAAAACCGGACGACUGUGGCAGCUACACGUGUCACACAGGAAGGACAGAGACCACAGCUACUGUGUCAGUUAAAGAGCUCCCAUGCUUCUUUAAAGAGGACUUACAAGGUGUAGAGGCUGAAGAGGGGGGUACAGCCUCUCUGUGCUGUGAGCUGUCUAAGCCUGGAGUGUCAGUUCAAUGGAGGAAAAACAGGGUCCCACUAAGAGCCAGCAGGAAAUAUGAGAUGAGGCAGGACGGCUGCCUACUCCAGCUGCACAUCAACGACCUCAAACCUGAAGACAGUGAUAGCUACACGUGUAAAGCGGGAAGCGCGGAGACCACUGGUACGCUGUCAGUGAAAGCACAACUACCAAUUCCACCGAAGGCUGAACCUCCGACAAUACAGCCUCGGGCAAAGGGCACUGUUCCCAAACCAACUCCUACUACAGUGGACAGGAAGCCUGAACUCCAAGAGACAAAACCUGUUCCCCCAGAGCCAAAAAAGAGAGUGAAUAGAAAAGCAUCGAUUACAAGUUUAGACAAAGAUGUGGAGCCAUUGUUGGACCAAAAGCAGGGCAUCCAACCUGCAAGGUUAACAGAAAAACACUUUGAUGUUGCAAAGAACGAAACACAACUGGAGAGGCACGAGGAGAAAGACAGCCAGGUGAACAAACCGGUAGACAAGUCAACGAGACGACUGGGGAAGGAGGACGUGGCGGACCGGCAGGUGGAAGAGACAGCAAGGCCUUUGGAAACAGAGAAAGAUGGUUUCAUGGAGAAACGAGAAGGGAGGAAUGCAGAGAAAUUAGUCACGGUUGACCAUAAUGCACGUCAGUCAGAGAGGGUACCAGGAGACAUUUUGGAUGAACAGAAGAAAGAGGGAAACAAAAUUCAAAAACAUGCAGAAAAGCCUUCAGAGAAAACAAGUGAUGUUGAGAUGAAGCAAAUCCCUCCAGGAAAAGUUCCGUGGAAAAACAGUGAAGAUGAGAAACAGCCUGUGAAACCAUCAGAAAAGUUGAUUGGAAAUACGACAAUAUCAGAAGAUGAAUCUACUGCCAAGAAGGGAAAAGAAGAGGAACCCUUUAAACCACCAAUAAGGUAUAAAGGAAAGGUAAGAGGGGUAAAGGAACCACCAAAGGAAACUGAGGAGCCCAUUGUCCAAUCGGUAAAGCCUAAUGGAAAUUAUUCUGAAGGAGACCACGUGAAAAAGCAUGUUUCCACAGAGGCAGGGAGAGACAAACAGUUGUUGAAUGAAGAGCCAGAGUCAGUAGAGCAACUUGAAAAGACUUUAGCGAAAGAGGCAGAAUUUUCCCCUCCGAAACCACCCAUGAGGAUAAAAAGCAAAGCUAAAGGUGCAAUGGAAAAGCAAUCAUCAAGGGACACAGAGACAGAUCAAGAUGAUCGACAGACACAAGUUUUGCUGACAAGAAUAGACGAUCAACCGAUCAAACAGUCAAGAGGAUUUUUCAAAAAAGAGGUUGAAGAAAAAACAAGAUUACAGAGGAAACAAUCGGUAACAUCUGACACCGAGACAAUGGAGAAAACUAAGAAACCAGUGAAAGCCGCAGAGAAGGACUCAAACGCAAAACAGGCGAUUAAGCAACCAGUAAAACCAAUGAGAAAAGAACCUGGACUGGAUCAGGAAAUAAAACUGUCCACCAAGCCAAUGAGAAGGGAGGAAGAACAACAAACAGCAACGAUGACAGAAGAUAUUCCUCUCCUCUACACUUCGGAAGACGACACUUUCUCAGAAGCUUUGACGGAGAUAACCCCAAACCACAGCAAUGUCCGGCCCACUGCCCCCUCUGUUGAGCGGUUGACCCAACCCACUACUCUUCCUCGAAUUAAUGUACCCCAGAAGGUACACCCUCCAAAUGAAGCCACACCGGAGAUGGACCUCAGUGCGGAGGACGAGCCACAGUUACAAGAGGCUGCAGUCAAGAUCCAGGCUGCUUUCAAGGGCUACAAAACCCGCAAAGACAUGCGACCUGUCUUCAAAGAGGUGUUUAAAAACCAGAGUGCAAAUCUCCAUGGCACAGUCACUCUCGCGUGUAUUGUUGAUGGCAAACCCAGCUCCGCACGCUGGCUGAGAAACGGCCAACAGAUCAUCAACGACCACCGGUGCCGCUCUCAAACCGGAGAGAGCGGCUUGUGCACGCUGGUGAUUCAGAACCUGGCCUCCGUCGACAGUGGGAUCUACACAUGCGAGGCGGUGAAUAAGUUUGGCGUGACCUCCUACAAUGGAAACCUUACAGUAGUACAGCCUCAGAAGCCCGGCGCGAUAGUCCACAAGCCCCCACACCCGCCGCUGGCGGCCGUAACUCCGUUGCAACUCGCCCCAGCGGAGCCCGAGGCCCAGGUCAAAACACAGACUGAGGAUCUGCCUCAGGCUCGUACCCGGACGCUCACGUCCCCUAAAGACUCGACGAGCUAUGUUGAAAAUGUGAGUGUCUCUCUGUGGGAGGCAUUCACCCUGACGGAGCAGGACACUCAGAUGGCAAGCUUAGAGAGGAGAGGAUCUUCACUCAUCGCUGCCAGCUCUAUGUCGAGCCCCUCGGAUUAUGACACAGCUCCGGAUAUGAUGGAGCCUGAUGGAACUGGCGCAGCUGUAUCAAGGGAAGAGACAAAAGCGGCAGACCAAGUUUCUUCAAUAGAGGAUAAACAACAGAUGGCUCCUUCACAACCUGCUAAAAAACUACUGAAGGUUAAAGGAGGGGCUCAUGAGGGUAGAUUGAAGACGCCAUCCCCCAAGCACCACCGAGCUCACACGCCUUUAACCAGCACCGUCUCUGGAUCAGAGUCAGAAGGGGAAGAAGAUAAACGAGAGACAUUUGAAAUGUACGUGGCUCGUGCCGAUUGUAAUCCCAACAGUGGAAACAAGGACAGUUUUGUUCUGAAGGAGGGACAGUUUGUGGAGGUCCUGGACUCUGUUCACCCUGACAGGUGGCUGGUUAGAACCAAACCCACCAAAAACAACCCUGCUAGACAGGGAUGGGUGUGUCCAGCCUACUUGGAGAAGAAGAGGAAGGAAACCUUCUCGCAACUGAGAGCCCCUCAAGAGGAUCUGGAUGGAAUUGGGUCUACCGGAGAAGAGUACAGGAGAGCUCUGAGCCAACUGAUCCAAGGCCUGAUUGAUGGAGAAGAGGAGUUUGUGAAGUCGAUGAAGAUGUUCACCUCUCACCAGUUAAAUUACUUGGACUCUAGCCGCCACGUCCCCAUUAACAUCCUCAACCAGAGAGAGAUCAUUUUCAGAAAUAUCAAGGACAUUGUGUCUCUGCACGAGAGGUCCAUCCUCCCCGGGCUGAGGGAAUGUGCCACAGACGACGACGUGGCCGUGCAUCUGAUCAAGUAUGCGGAGCUCUUUGAGAAAUACCUUCACUACAUGGUGGGACAAGCCCAAGCAGAGGCCUGCCUCACUGACAAGGCUGUCCAACAGUAUUUCAAAGAGAUGCCGGAACCUGACUCUGAUGCACCUGUCAUGGACGUCCUGACCUUCCUCCAGAGACCAGCGGAGAGGAUUCAAACCUAUCAGGCUUUACUGAAGGAGCUGAUCAAAAACAAAGCCAAAAGUGGCCAGAGCUGCUGUCUUUUGGAGGACACCUUCUCCAUGGUGUCCUGUCUACCCUGGAGGUCGGACAACCUGCACCAGGUGUCGCUCAUUGAGAACUACCCAGCUCCUCUAAUCGCCCUGGGUGAGCCUGUUCGUCAGGGAGUCUUCACAGUGUGGGAGGAAUCUCCAGAGAUCAAGACGGCCUCCAGAGGGCAUCAAAGACAAGUCUUUCUCUUCAAGGAAUGCAUCGUACUGUGUAAACUGAAACGAGACACCAGCAUGAACAGUGACACCUACACCUUCAAGAACAAAAUGAAGCUGAACGAUGUGGAAAUAAAGGAGACUUUGGGUGGAGAUGAAAGGUCUUGGGGGUUGUGGCAUGAGCACAGGGGUUCGGUGCGGAGGUACACCCUGCAGGGCCGCUCCGCCCUCAUCAAACUCUCCUGGCUCAAAGACCUGAAGGAGCUACAGCAGCGUUCCAGCCAGCCCGCUAACUACCCGCCGGUGUUUGAAUCACUGUUAUCUGACGCUGCAACAAACAUAGGCCAGACGAUCAAACUGACCUGCAAAGUCGCAGGUUUGCCGAAACCAUUGGUCAGCUGGCUCAAAGAUGGGCUUCCUUUGGAGGACGACCCCCGUCACAUCAUCACAGCAGACCGCUCUGGCACGUUCAGUCUGAUCCUGGACAGCGUGACUGCAGAGGAUUGUGGGCAGUAUGCUUGCUAUGCAACGAGCGCCAUGGGCAGUGCGGGCUCUGUGGCUACGGUUGUGGUGUACGCUCCACCAAGAUUCGUGAGCCGGCUGGAGAGUGCAUGUCUGAUAGAAGGAGAGGAUAUACAGUUUACCUGCUCCACACUCACAACUCCUUUCCCACGAAUCAGGUGGUUGAAAGAUGGGAGAGAGUUGACUGACCAGCGAAAAUACUUCAUCCUGAAUGAUGCUCGGAGUGGAAUCUUGUGUUUGACGGUCGUCAGUACAACAGAGGCAGAUAUUGGACAGUAUGAGUGUGAGCUUUCAAAUGAGUUUGGCUGCAUCAAGUGCAAAGCAGGACUGUGCCCGGCUUAUGUACCAACCAUCGACAUCGAGGAGGACCGACCACAGGACUUGCCGCCUAAAGAUGCAGACUCGGAGGGGUGGUCCGCUGCCUUCGUAAAAAGAUGGUUACAGACUGAUUUCAGCCCCACCUCCAUUGCUAAGAUGCUCUUCCCUCCUGGACACCCUGAACAAGCUGAAUGCAGCCACGAUGAGGCUGUUUCUGCCUCAACGUCCGUGGAUCAUGUGGUACAGCAGCCUAUGUGUUACCUAGAGGAAGAAGAAGAGAUCUACAUUUCUGAGCAAAUGCAGGAAAUUGCAGAUGCUCCUCCCUCCAUGCAGGUACCCACUGAGGACCUGUGUGUAGAGCCCGGCCAACCAGCCACAUUCACUGCCAUCAUUACGGGGAGACCUACUCCUAAUAUACAGUGGUACAAGGAUGGAGAAGAGCUUGCAGCCAAUGACAAUGUGGAGAUAUCACAGCACGGAGCACGCUGCUCCGUAACCAUAGUGUGCCCCGAGGGGGAGGAAAGCGGCAUAUACACCUGCUUUGCCUACAACGACUCUGGCCACGUCUCGUGCCAGGCUGAGCUGACAGUGGUGGAAGGUCCACUGGAGUUUCAGGAGAGAGAGGUGGAGCUGGGGAAGAGAAGGAAGUUAUUUUCCGUAUAUGAUGUCCAUGAGGAAAUAGGAAGGGGAACCUUCGGGGUGGUGAAGCGUGUAGUUCACAGACGAACAGGAGAGGUGUUUGCCGCCAAGUUUCUUCCUCUGCGGAGCAGCACUCGGACCAGGUCCUUCCAGGAGAGGGACUUGCUGUCCCGUCUGGCUCACCCCAGAGUGGCCUGUCUGCUGGACUUCUUCUGCACCAGACGCACUUUGGUGCUGAUCACAGAAAUAUGCUGUUCUCAUGGACUACUGGACCAUUUGUUAUUGAAAGGAUCAGUUCCAGAAAGAGAGAUCCAGUCGUACGUCCAGCAAAUCCUGGAAGGAGUCGGUCACAUUCACAGCAUGAACAUGUUGCACCUGGACAUUAAACCUGAUAAUAUCCUAAUGGUGUAUCCGCCGAGAGAUGAGAUCAAGAUCUGUGACUUUGGUUUCUGCCAAGAAAUAGACUCAUCCAGACACCAAUACAGCCUGUUCGGCACACCAGAGUUUGUUGCGCCGGAGAUUGUUCACCAGGAACCAGUCACCGUGGCCACUGAUAUUUGGUCUGUGGGUGUUAUAGCGUAUAUCUGUUUGGUGGGCCGGUGCCCUUUCGUGGGUGAGACGGACCGUGCUACACUCCUAAUGGUGGGGGAGGGGAGCCUAAACUGGGACGCCCCCGACGUUACCGACAGAAGCCCUGAAGCCCAGAACCUUCUGCACAUGCUGCUGCAGCCGGAUCCAGAGAAGCGACCAUCUGCCUUUGAGUGCUUGAGCCACGAAUGGUUCCAGGACGAAUAUGCAGGUGACGAUAUGGAUGAAAUCAACACAAAGACUUUGAAAAACUUUAUCUCAAAAAGGAAAUGGCAGCGUUCUUUGACCUGCAUCGGGUCAGUUCUCACGUUGAGGCUCAUCCCUGAACUGCUGGAAGCCCCCCUCAGAGAGACUGCAGUGACGGUGCCUCGCGAGCCCCAGGAACACAGCAGCAGCUCCCGGAGCAGCGGCUCUUCCUCCGAGUACGAUGAAGCCGACUCCUUGGACUUCUUCCAGCACUGCAGCCCGACCGAGGAGGAGGAAGACACCGAGGAGGACUACGACCCUUUGAUAGAGAGAGCGAGAAUCCCCGACCUUUUUGCCAAACUCCACAUUGACGCAGAGGAGGAAACGACAUUAGGAGAGGAAGAGGACGGGGAGCUGGGAGGAAGGAGGAGUGUACUGGAGCGAAGUUUGAGCAGGCAGUCGGUUGCUUCCUCGGAUGUAUCCGGUCAACAGACGCCUCAGAGGGAGCGCAGGUUCAGCAGAGACGGUGGUCAAUCGCUCUACCUAUCCGAUGGAGAAGAGGGUUCAGGGAGUGACGGGGGUCGUAUCCCCCGUGGCAGUGUCAUCCGAAGCACUUUCUACAGCACCUCCCACCAACUUUCACCCAUGUCCGCCAGACACAUGACGUUAAGGGACAAAUUCCAGGCCAAAAAGCAGGAGAGAGGCCGCAAGCCACUGCGCAGGAGCUUUUCAGGACGUCUGAACGAGCCUCUCAUUGAAUACGUGGAGGAUGAGACGGAGACCAGUCGCGGCCAGAGACGGGCCUCGGUCCAGCCCCCGAUGCAGAAGUCCUGCUCCUUUGACAGUGGGGUCGGCCUCGCCCACUCCAACGUGCCACCCCACAGGAGGAGCAGGUCUCUCGAUGAGUACUCUCGCCGAUUGACCAGCUCACCCAAGCGCACGAUGUCAGGUGAGGAGGAAGGCUCGCAAAGCGUGAAGGAAGACGUGAUAGACGACGAAGUGGCUGGGAGAAACCUGUUAGCCAUCCCGAGCCCGCGGCGACCCACAAGGAGAAGAGGCUCCGUUGCUCCAACGCAAGGGGCCGGCGCGCCGCGCGGAUCAUCUGUUCCCUCAAGCCUCUUUGCCGGAGACAGAACUGGCACCAGGCUGGAUCAGGAGCGGGCUGCAGACGACGCGUUCGCCGGCUCACAGGGCUCCCUGGCCGAGUCGUCUAUUUUGGAGCACGGCGGCUCUGAGUCUUCAAGUAGACUCGGCUCUUAUGAGGAGCUGAGUCACGGCGACCUCAGAGGGAGGUCCAGAUCGGGAGAGAGCGAAGGGUAUGAUGAUCAAGGGGAGCCACUGAUUUCAGGAUCCCCAUGCUCCUUCCAAGAAGUCAAACCCAGGAGCUUGCUUCCCCGGGCACCGCCACGUAACCGCACCCGCUCCAACCCCAAUCUGUACGCAAACAGCAGAGGUCAGCCGGGGACGCCACUUGCAGCGAGCCCCAGCCUCUCCUCUCUGCAGGCUCCGGAGAGGCCUCCCCGAGCCAAGGACAAGAAGGAGGGAUCCGGCCUCCAAAGGCAUGCGUCCGCUCCGGCGCUCGAAGUGCGGCCACCCACAGGGAGGUCGCCCAGGCUCGGACUGCUGAAGAUCUUCCGCAGGCAGUCGUGGACUGGCCAUUCAUACUCCCAGCUGGACAGCACAGAGUUGGGACCCACGCUAGGAGAGAUCAUGAAGCCAGACACGCCCACCAUGUCCCUGAGGAAGAAAAUGAGAGCAUCGGCCUCCAGCCUGACCAAGCUGUUUUCCAGGUCUUCCAGCACGGAGGACGUGAGUAAAGGAGGACCAAUAGUAAAGGGAUCGGCUCCCAUUCCACCUGAAAGACAGCAAAGAACUGGUCUUGAAAGUCCUAAAAAGAGAAAACUCUUGCCUUCUUUUAAAAUACCUGCUUUCAAGAAGUCAAAAGAUCUGUUGGUCCGUCCCAACAAGGCUGAGGUGCUCCAGUUAGAUGCAGGUGGAGUCCUGCUGGUUUGGAAACCGGUCCAGUCCAGUGAACCGGUCACCUACUGCGUGCAGUAUUGUACAGACGGUGCAGCAGCGUGGACGGUGCUGUCAGAGGAGGUGACUGAAAGCUGCUAUGUGGUGAAGGACUUACCCAGAGGAGCCUCCUAUGUGUUCAGGAUUGGUUGCAUCACCAAGACAGGAGCGGGACCAUUCAGCGAUGCCUCAGCACCUGUUGUUAUGGCAACUCAUCCCGAAGAAAUUGCCAUUCCUCUGAUCCAGACUGAGUCACUGGGGUCAAAGGUCACUGGGUCAGAGCAACAGACAACACACAAAAACUACAACUUCCUCUCUGAGAUCAACAGGGGUCGUUUCAGCGUAGUCAACCUGUGCAGGGACGCUGAGACCAGCCAAGUGUUUGUUGCUAAGAUCACCCCAUACCAGGCAGAGCAGAGACAGUUGGUGCUGAGGGAGUACCAGCUGCUGAAGAGGCUUCAUCACCCCCACCUGGUGCAGCUGCGCACUGCCUAUUUCACCUCCCGCUACAUGGUGCUAGUGGAGGAGCUCUGUCCUGGCAAGGAGCUGCUCUACAGUCUGGCAUCGAGAGACCUGUACGCAGAGACUCACGUGGCAGAGCUGCUGGUUCAGAUCCUGAGUGCAGUGGACUACCUGCACAGCCGGCGAGUCGUCCACCUGGACCUGAAGUCCGACAACAUGCUGGUGGAUGACUCUAACCACCUGAAGAUAGUCGACCUGGGCUCGGCUCAGUCGUUCACGCCCGGUCAGCCCCUCAACAUCGAGCACAUCCACGGCCUCUCGGAGAGCAAAGACUGCCGCAGCAAAGUUUACAUUGUCCUUCCUAAAGCUCCGGAAAUCCUGGACGGUCAGGGUGUCGGGCCUGAAACUGACAUUUGGGCAAUUGGAGUUCUGUCCUUCAUCAUGUUGAGUGCCGACAGCCCGUUCCACGCAGAGCACAGCUGGGAGCAAGACAGAAACAUCAAGAAAGGGAAGAUCCAGUUUGGACGCUGUUACCCCGGUUUGUCAGAGGGAGCCUUGAGCUUCAUGAAGAGCAGCCUGAAUAACAAAUCCUGGGGGAGACCAACUGCAACCGAGUGUCUCCAGAACCCAUGGCUGCGCGGCCAUCGCGCCCCGCACAAAGGCCGACAGUCCAAGGUGUGUUUCUCCACGGACAAGCUUAAGGAUUACCUCAAGCAGAAGGAGGAGAAACGAGACCAGGUCCGCACUAAGCUUCAGGGCCCCUUUUUCCAAUGAGGCUCCAUAGUGGGGGGCUUCUCGACACUAUGCAGCCUUAUGAACAGCACGUUUUCGUGCUAUUUACCUGUGUGGCCAGAUCUGUAAAACACCCUCAAAUUUCGAAAAUGUUAUGCGUCUUAAUGAGGUUCCAAUGUGUAUUUAUCCAUUGCAUUUGUUGAUGUGCUUUGGUUUAUAGGGAAACUGAUCAUGGGGAAGGUUUAGUCUGAGAGUGCAUGGGAUUUUGUGACACGAGAAACGUUGUUUGGCUCCAAAGUAUCAGACAGAUGCACGUGUUUAGCCUCAUGAAGUGAAAACAGUUUUCUUUGCUAUUCUUCUUCAUACAAAAGGCAGAUGGGGUUUUUUCUGAGUGAUGUAUUAUAUGUAUUAAAUGAAGUGCAUGAAUGGAAAGCUGUUUACAUUCAUAGGUUGUACCCAAGUUUCAUAAUACUUAAAUAGUGGCUCAGUCCCCCAUGUGACGUCAUGAGUUGAUGGAUGACAGAUGAAUUAAAUUGCAUGUGGUCUGA